AAGAUUCCGCGCGCUCUCGAUUUCUGCUUGCUCCCAAUUCCCAAACCCACCACUGAAAUUGAUCGAGCUCGGCACGCUCUUCCGACGCCGAUCGCAUCGUCGACGCUUCCUCAUCGGCUUCGUCUCGCUUCCGCAUUGUCGUCUUGUUUUCCAACCUCCAAAGGACAGCGUACUUGAAGAACUUCAGUCUCCGAUUUUCGAUGCAGCCAUGGAUUCGAUUCCGGUUGCAGUGAAAGAGGAGUAUCCAGAAUCGGUUUCGAUUUGUGUAGAAGAAGACCCUUGCGCUGAGGCUCCUCGUCCAAUGAACGGACUGCACGAAAUUGGACCGCCCCCUUUCCUCACCAAGACCUUCGACAUUGUUGAAGACCCGGCGACGGAUCAUGUGAUCUCUUGGAGCUCCUCCAAUAAUAGCUUCGUGGUUCGGGAUCCCGACGAAUUUGCUAUGACUUUGCUGCCGAGGCACUUCAAGCACAGCAAUUUCUCUAGCUUCGUGAGGCAGCUCAACACAUACGGAUUUAGGAAGGUGGAUCCAGAUAGAUGGGAAUUUGCAAAUGAAGGAUUUCUAAGAAGGCAGAGGCAUCUCCUCAAGACCAUCAAAAGAAGAAAACCAGCUAGUAAUCCUCCUCCAAUCCAGCAAUUCGCAGAAUCAGUCCUCGAGGUUGGGCAGUUCGGGCUAGAUGGAGAGAUUGACAGGCUAAAACGCGACAAGAACAAUCUGAUAGCACAAGUGUUAAAGCUACGGCAGCAACAGCAGAGCACAAGAGCUCAGCUUCAAGAGAUGGAAAAACGACUGCAAAUCACAGAACAAAAGCAACAACAUAUGAUGGCCUUCUUAGCGCGCGCUUUGCAAAACCCUGAAUUCUUUCAGCAACUGGUCGAGCAGCAAGCGAAAAGGAAAGAGCUUGAGGAAGACAUUUCCAAAAAGAGGAGACGAUCCAUCGAAGCCAGCCACAGCCAUGCGUUUGAGCCAUCAUUCCAAGUCGAGACAGAAAAACUUUUAGUGGAUUUCGACCCUCAACUCUGGGACUUGGAAAAUUUGGAGCUCGAGUUGCAGGGGAUUGGAAACGAUGAGAAUGACGAGGAGGAGCAAGGUGGAGACCUGGGCCUGAACGUCGAGUUAUGGGAGGAGCUUUUGAAAGAACAGAGCGAAGGUAAUGAAACAUCAGAAGGGGUAUUGGAGUUCUUGCCGAGAAACUAGGUUAUCUGAGUUCCAGUAGUCCUAAAUAGAUCGGCCAUCUAUGCAUCACGCACUUUACUAUCUCAUUUCUAUUGAAUCGAGUUUGCAUUGAGAAUCUUUAUUUGGCUUUGAUGCUCUCGCGGCUGAAGGUUCUGUCUUUUAUAAUAAACUGUUUUACUUGCUGAUUUAGCUCA